UAGUAGUUUUUUCUGUAAUAUUAUUCCUGAUUGAGGUAAUAUGACUGUGUACCUAUAACAUUCUUUUUUUUAGGAAUUAAAUAGAAUCAGUUUAGGUCAUAUCUUAUGUGAUCCUUCAAUAAAUGCAACAGUUAGAUCUUUAGCUCGUGCUGCACACGGUGAAAAAGUAUCAUUAAACGAUUUGGCUCCAGGAGAAUUUGAUCUUCUUUUGGAUGGUUUACCAAAAAAUCUAUUACCAUCAAAUUAUGAAUGUGAUCCUUCGUCAAAUUCUGAUCUCGAUGAUGAUUCCUUAAUGCGACAAGUUCUUGCCAUAUCUCAAAUUGAAUAUGUUGAAAUAUUAAAGAAAUAG